CUUACCAAAACAUUAGUCCUCCAAGGAUGUCAAGGUCAUCUCCAUGUAUGCAUUCCAACCUUCUUCUUCUUCUUCUGAUCGUCUUUGCAGGUCUUACCCUCAUUAACGCCGAGAAGAAGUUUUACAUAGUAUACUUUGGAGAUAGACCUGAAAGCAUAGAAGCCACAGUUCAAACACAUCAGGACAUCCUCUCACAAUGUGGUGUUGAUACUGAGGAAUCCAUAGUCUACAGCUACACCAAGAGCUUCAAUGCAUUGGCUGCGAAGCUGUCUGAGGAUGAAGCCCAAAAGCUAUCAGAAACGGAAGGGGUUGUUUCUGUUUUUCCAAAUCGGUAUCACAAGCUUCACACAACAAAAUCAUGGGAUUUCAUUGGACUACCUCAAACAGCAAGAAGGCAAUUGAAACAGGAGAGCAACAUUAUUGUGGGGCUACUGGAUACAGGGAUCACGCCGCAGUCCGAGAGCUUUGCGGAUAAUGGCCUGGGUCCACCGCCGGCCAAAUGGAAGGGGACUUGUCGCCGCUUUGCUAAUUUCUCAGGGUGUAACCACAAGCUCAUCGGAGCCAAAUACUUCAAGCUGGAUGGCAACUCCGACCCAGAUGACAUCUUAUCUCCGGUGGACGUUGAGGGUCAUGGCACCCACACAGCUUCCACCUCAGCAGGAAACAUCGUCCAGCAAGCAAACCUUUUUGGCCUGGCUAAGGGGACUGCACGUGGGGCUGUGCCUUCAGCUAGGGUUGCCAUGUACAAGGUAUGUUGGGUCCGCUCAGGCUGCUCGGACAUGGACAUUCUUGCUGCAUUUGAGGCUGCCAUUGCCGAUGGUGUCGACAUCAUCUCCAUCUCGAUUGGUGGGGUUUCCCCCAAUUAUGCAGAGGACUCCAUAGCUAUUGGGGCUUUUCAUGCCAUGAAGAAAGGGAUCCUCACUGUAGCUUCUGCCGGAAAUGAUGGACCCAGUCAGAGUAGUAUUGUAAAUCAUGCACCGUGGAUUUUCACGGUGGGGGCUAGCAGCAUUGAUCGAGGGUUUAGGAGCAAAGUUGUGCUGGGCAAUGGACAAACCUUCUCGGGUAUUGGAGUGAGUACAUUCGAUCCGAAGCAGCAGAACCCUCUGGUGAGUGGUGCAGAUGUAGCCAAGACUGCUGCGGACAAAGAGAACUCAAGGUUCUGCAUUGAAAACUCAUUGGAUCCUACUAAGGUGAAUGGCAAGCUGGUCUACUGCAAGCUACAAAUGUGGGGAUCCGACUCUGUGGUUAAAGGACUUGGAGGGAUUGGAACUAUUGUUGAAAGCAUGGAGUUUCUUGAUGCUGCCCAGAUCUUCAUGGCACCAGGAACUAUGGUUAAUGACACCGCUGGAUAUGCCAUUAAUCGUUAUAUACAUUCCACAAAAACACCAUCAGCAGUGAUACAUAGGUCCGAGGAAGUAAAAGGCCCGGCUCCAUUUGUGGCUUCAUUCUCAUCGAGAGGUCCAAACCCUAUGACCCAACACAUACUCAAGCCUGAUAUUGUAGCACCUGGGAUUGACAUAUUGGCGUCCUACACCCCUUUGAGGUCGCUAACCGGGCUGAAGGGCGACACCCAGUUCUCCAAAUUUACGCUCUUGUCUGGCACUUCCAUGGCGUGUCCACACGUUUCUGGAGUAGCAGCCUAUGUAAAGUCUUUCCACCCGAAGUGGUCUCCUGCUGCCAUCAGAUCCGCCAUCAUGACCACUGCAAAACCGAUGAGCAGGAAGGUGAACAAUGAUGCUGAAUUCGCCUAUGGUACUGGCCAAGUAAACCCUCACAGAGCUCUGAGCCCCGGCCUCAUCUAUGACACGGAUGAGAUGUCUUACAUCCAGUUCCUAUGCCAUGAGGGCUAUAGCGGCAAAGCUAUCGCCACCAUUGUUGGUUCAAAAUCCAUAAACUGUUCCUCACUACUCCCCGGACAAGGCAGUGAUGCUCUCAACUAUCCCACCAUGCAGCUAAGCUUGAAAGACACUAAUGAACCCACAGUAGGCGUCUUCCGGAGGAGAGUGACCAAUGUGGGUCCUGCUCAAUCUGUCUAUAAUGCCACCAUUAAAGCUCCCCAAGGAGUGGAAAUAACUGUGACACCUACCAGGCUUGUCUUCUCCCGGGCCCUGCAAGCACGAAGUUUCAAGGUUGUGGUGAAGGCAAAAUCGACGGCUUUUAAGGAAAUGGUAUCGGGUUCGCUCACAUGGAGAAGCCCUAGACACAUUGUGAGGAGCCCGAUUGUGAUUUAUAAACCAUGAGGAUAUAUACACUCUCAUGUGGUGUAAAAUUUAAUGUGUGUCGAUAAUGAAGUGCCUGUGUAACACUGAAAUUAAUUAUUACUGUGUUAUGCAUUGAAUAAAAGACUUUCUUUUUGUUAUGUAAA